CCCCGCCCUGCGCCGCCCCUCCCCCGCCUCCUCCCGGUCCUGUCUCCAGCGGGAGCGCGAGACGCUGGUCAGGCUCCGGCGCAGCUCGAAAAUGAACAAUCGCCGCGGGCGGACCUAGAAGCCGCCGCCGGUCCGCGCGCGGGGUCGCGGGCGUGCUUCGUCCUCCCCCUCACCCCCCCGAAAAGAGCAUCGCAACAAAAAGCCAGCCAGCCAACCAAGACUCCGGUUUGUUGAUCGCCUUGUUUUUUUUUUUUUUUUUUUUUUUUUCACCGCUUGCGGGAUUCGCAAACCGCGUUACAUGCAUGUCCAGUGGGGGUAGGUUUAAUUUUGACGAUGGAGGGUCCUACUGCGGAGGCUGGGAGGACGGCAAGGCGCACGGCCAUGGCGUCUGCACCGGCCCGAAGGGCCAGGGCGAAUACACCGGCUCGUGGAGCCACGGCUUUGAGGUGCUGGGCGUCUACACCUGGCCAAGCGGCAACACGUACCAAGGCACCUGGGCGCAGGGCAAGCGCCACGGCAUCGGCCUGGAGAGCAAGGGGAAGUGGGUGUACAAGGGCGAGUGGACGCACGGAUUUAAGGGGCGCUACGGGGUGCGGGAGUGCACGGGCAACGGAGCCAAAUACGAAGGGACAUGGAGCAACGGACUGCAGGAUGGCUACGGCACGGAGACCUACUCGGAUGGAGGGACGUACCAGGGCCAAUGGGUUGGUGGCAUGCGCCAGGGCUACGGCGUACGGCAGAGUGUCCCUUACGGCAUGGCCGCGGUCAUCCGCUCGCCCCUGAGGACGUCCAUCAACUCCCUCCGCAGCGAGCACACGAACGGUGCGGCGCUGCACCCGGACGCCUCCCCGGCAGUGGCCGGCAGCCCGGCUGUGUCCCGUGGUGGCUUCGUGCUGGUGGCCCACAGUGACUCGGAGAUCCUGAAGAGCAAGAAGAAGGGACUGUUCCGGCGCUCGCUGUUGAGCGGCCUGAAGCUGCGCAAGUCUGAGUCCAAGAGCAGCCUGGCCAGCCAGCGCAGCAAGCAGAGCUCCUUCCGCAGCGAGGCGGGGAUGAGCACCGUGAGUUCCACGGCCAGCGACAUCCACUCCACCAUCAGCCUGGGGGAGGCCGAGGCUGAGCUGGCUGUCAUUGAGGACGACAUCGACGCCACCACCACUGAGACCUAUGUGGGCGAGUGGAAAAACGACAAGCGCUCGGGCUUUGGUGUGAGCCAGCGCUCGGACGGGCUCAAGUAUGAGGGUGAGUGGGUCAGCAACCGCCGGCAUGGGUACGGAUGUAUGACCUUCCCCGAUGGCACCAAGGAGGAGGGGAAGUACAAGCAGAACGUGCUCGUGAGCGGCAAGCGCAAGAACCUCAUCCCAUUGCGUGCCAGCAAGAUCCGGGAGAAGGUGGACCGGGCUGUGGAGGCAGCCGAGAGGGCGGCCACCAUCGCCAAGCAGAAAGCCGAGAUCGCUGCGUCCAGGACCUCCCACUCACGGGCCAAGGCCGAGGCAGCACUCACUGCGGCUCAAAAAGCCCAGGAAGAAGCACGGAUCGCCAGGAUCACUGCCAAAGAGUUCUCGCCUUCCUUCCAGCACAGGGAAAACGGGCUUGAGUACCAGAGGCCAAAGCACCAGAUGUCCUGUGAUGACAUCGAGGUGCUCUCCACCGGGACACCCCUGCAGCAGGAGAGCCCCGAGCUGUACCGCAAGGGCACCACCCCUUCUGAUCUGACCCCCGAUGACAGUCCCCUGCAAAGCUUUCCUGCCAGCCCCACGGCUACCCCUCCGCCAGCUCCUGCCUCCAGGAACAAGAUGGCCCACUUCUCCAGGCAGGUCUCGGUGGAUGAGGAGCGAAGCGGGGACAUCCAGAUGCUCCUUGAGGGCCGAGGAGGGGACUAUGCCCGCAACAGCUGGGGCGAGGAGAAGGCUGGGGCCUCUAGGGGUGUGCGCAGUGGUGCCCUACGCAGCGGUCAGCCCACUGAGGACUUCCGCACCCGGGGUUCGGGCCACAAGCAGCCUGGGAACCCCAAGCCCCGGGAGCGGCGGACGGAGUCCCCCACCACGUUCUCGUGGACUUCACACCACCGGGCAGGCAAUCCCUGCUCUGGGGGCCCCAAGCUGCUAGAGCCCGAUGAGGAACAGCUGAGUAACUACAAGCUGGAGAUGAAGCCCUUACUAAGGAUGGAUGCCUGUCCACAGGAUACGCACCCACAGAGACGGCGUCACAGUCGGGGUGCUGGGGGAGACCGGCGCUCUGAGGACCGGGGCUUCGGGCUACAGAGACUGAGGUCCAAGUCCCAGAACAAGGAGAACCUCAGGCCGGCCUCCUCUGCAGAACCCACGGUGCAGAAACUAGAGAGCCUGAGGCUGGGGGACCGGCCCGAGCCCCGUCUGCUGCGUUGGGACCUGACCUUCUCCCCACCCCAGAAGUCCCUGCCUGUUGCACUCGAGUCUGACGAGGAGACUGGGGAUGAGCUCAAGUCCAGCACGGGCUCAGCUCCCAUCUUGGUCGUCAUGGUGAUCCUGCUCAACAUUGGAGUCGCCAUUUUGUUUAUUAACUUUUUCAUCUGACAAGAUUGUUGUGACCACGGAAGCAAUGAUGUACAAAAGGGACGAUAAACGCAAAACAAGAAGGGGAACCCUGACUCGGACAGCCCCACAACUCCUGUCCUUCCACAGAAGAACAACGUGAUUGGGUAGCACUCACAGUUUGCCUUUUUUUCUGGGUAAUGUUUUUUUGGAUUUUAGCCAAAAUUCUUUGCUUGUGUAACACGAUGCUGUGUGGCAUGGUAGGAGGAGGCCGGCAUGCCACCCCUCCAGCUUGGUGUGAACGGGUCCUGGCAAACCAGCGGCCAAAAGAUCGGGACUUUCAUGUUUCCUGCCGGGUGUGGAAGGUGGCAAGUGGAAGGUGGCGCCUUGACCAGGGUGCCCGGCGAGCCGGGAGAGGGGGAGGGCAGCUAGGAGUGCAGCUAUGCAAGGCGAGUAGCUGGGAGUGUGGGCCCAGGCCCAGGGACAGGGACAGGGAGUCCUGGCCUCUGUCUCCAUGAGUCUGUGCUGCAUACCUGCGGAGGGAGAGGGAAGCCCCUGCUCUUCUUCCCAGAACAGACCAUGAUCCCUCUUCUCGGCACUGCCCCAAGGCUCUCCUAAGGAGGCCGCCUCCCCACACUGAGUCUUAAGGCAAAGUCUGUUCCUUGCUGUCCUCCGCUCACUCAUUGUUGGCCCUGUCCAGCCAUCCUCCCUCCAGACCCAGGGAGGCCAUGCUGCAGACGUCCAGGGCUGACCCCGACCUGGCCAGGCACAUCUGAGCCCUGAUGCCAAGGGGGCUAUGGCCCACAUGCCCCGGACAGCCUGACAGCACGCCUGGGCUGAGCAUGUGACGUUUUGCACCUAGUAUGCAGGAUGUAUAUUCAGGCUUCCGUGUCCCUGGCAGUGACGCCCCAUGGAGGACGUCACCUCUCACUGACCUCCACGGGGUCUCACAUCUUUGCACUGUGCCUGCCUCGACUUCCCCUAACAGAUAUGCAUAUUCCCUCCAGAUGCCUCAGAGCUACUCCAGAGAGUCUGGUCCGGGACAGGAAUGUGGUUGAAGCCAGUGGCUUGAAUGUCCUGGAGACUGUUGCAUACCCAGCACUCCCCGGAUGUACAAUGUAACUUGUUUCAGUCAAACAACAGGUUCCUCAUGUCUCUGCCUUCUCUACCAGGGUUGUUCCCUCAUCCAAACAAAUGAACAAGGGAUGCCAGCUCGCCUGGCACCCGUGGCUCCGUCAGUCUUCUUGGGUGCAGCCCGUUUGUCUUAUGGACUUUGCCUUGCUUUGCUCGUGUUCAGCUGUCCUCUGCUACCUUUCGAGCAGAUUUCUUUACUACAGUGCACUGGAUUGCUAUAUUUUUAACCAGAAAUAAACUACAGAUUAGAGCAUGUUCCAGCGA